AUGUCUCUAAGACCUUACUUCUUCGACUACGACCUUCCGAGAUGGCCACGGCGACUUCUGGACCAGAACUUCGGCCUGACUGUGACCCCUGAUGACUUAAUAUCGGCUUCAGUCAACCCUAUCAGUCCAAUCAUCGCUGGAGUCCAACCUUGGUGGCCCAAAAGUUCAGGAUCCUCAAUUAAAGUGGAUAAGGACAAAUGGCAGAUCAACGUGGAUGUUCAGCACUUUUCUCCGGAUGAAAUAGCUGUGAAGAUCAGUGAUGGAUUCAUUGUAGUGGAAGGUCAGCACGAGGAAAAGGCUGAUGAACAUGGAUUUGUGUCCAGAAAGUUUGUGCGAAGAUUCAAGUUACCGGAGGAGAGCAACCCUGAUACUGUGGAGUCCAGAUUAUCUUCUGAUGGGAUCCUGACUGUAGUGGCUCCGAAGAAGGCUGAGGCUGUCAAAGGUGAGAGACCAGUGCCUAUAACCCAUACUGGACCAGUUCGCAAGGAUGUUCUAGAUGAAUCCAAGAAGGAAUGA